AUGAGCUCGUCGGAGACGCUCCGGGGCCUCCCAGCUCGAUUCCUCCCGUAUGCUGGGCAUGUCGAGGAUGCUGAAGACGAUGUAUCAAUCUCGUCAUCAAUCAUCAUCACCGUCGUCUCGUCGUCGUCCAACAGUGUCCUCACCGGCGACAUAUACCAUGGGGCGCGGCGGCGGCUCACCAAUCUGACCGAAUUUCCCCACCCCACUCCUCCGCCCAGCGGGCCAUGGAACCAAUCCAGUCUCAGCUCUGCCGCAUCCGGAACGACCGCGUCGAUCUCGACAAGGAGCGCCAGCUUCUCCUGGAAGAUCAGUGUAAGCUGCACGGCAUCAUUGACUUCCAGACACCCGCCACCGUCCUCCAGGUUGCGUCUGCGGCUCCAGGUUCUCGAGAGGAGGCGCACCCGCCUCGCCCACCAGGAGGCGGACCUCCGCAGACAAGAGCGCAGCCUCAGCGUCCAGCUCGGCUCUAGGUCGUCCGCCUCCUCUUCGCGGUCAACUGGAUCUGCACCUCGUGUGCGGCACAGUGUUCUGUAUUCGGCUCGAAGGGGACCCCGAGGCAGGCAAGGACGACCGGUGGAGGAGCGUACUACCAAGCUGAGCAGCAGUGAGCCUGGGCAUACAGAUACGGAUCUGUCGCAGUUUGAGGCCCUGACACUGAAUAUCAUACCUCCUACAGCUGAAUCAGCUGAUAGGCUUGUGGAGCAUCCUACGGAGGUGAGAAGCAGUGAUCGUGGUGGUACAAGUGUUGACCUAUCAAAAGUUGAGGGCCUUUCGCUGAAUGUUUCUUCAGCUGAAUCAACCGAUGGGGCUGUGGCGCAUGCUGGUGACCUGGACAGCAGUGCACCUGAUUCUACAAAUGCAAAGCAACCAGCUGUUCGGGAAGGAUUAUCCCCGAGGUCACAAGAAAGGUGGCUGAGAAUAGAUAAGUAUCUUGCUGAACAUACAUUUGAUGACAUGUGGGAGGGCAUGGUUGCUAUGAAAAAUGGCUUCUGCAACCCACCCAAAAAGGUUCCGUUCCCCAUCAAGAGGUCAUCGAAAAAGCUUGCGUCGCCUGAUUCACUACAGUCUCCGCAUGGACUGGAGGCUCAAUCCUUUCAGACAACAACAAAGUGUGGAGAGUCUACAAAGCAAAUAAUUGAAAAUGGGAAACAAUGGAUGAAGAAGGAAGUCAUGGAGGCUUUUAAGAAGUACAUGAAAGAAACGGGCAGAUUCAGAGGCGUGGAGUUCGAACUUGAUAAGCUUCUACAUCAGUGUUUGAGUGUGGAGACAUAUGAGAAGAUCUUCCACCACUAUAAUUUCACGGUGAAGACGAAGCAAGCUGGUUCAGACAAGUGGUCAUCAACUCUAUAUUUUGCACAAGUGAAGGAAAUGUAUGGACAGAAACAUUAUUUCUGCUAUCCGCUGGAUCCAUUCGAAGACGGCUUCUGCCACGCAUGCAAGAAUCAGGGGAUGGAUGCACUGAAGCACCCUGCUGUUCCUAUCGGUUACGAGACUGGCCAGGCUGGUUACGAGACUGGCCAGGCUGGUACGGGAUGUCCUUUCUUUGAAGAUGAUUCUGAUGAUGGUGAUCGUGUACCAGACAAUGAUGGGAUGGCGUGGGCCUUUAGUCAGGCCUUCUUGGGGGGAGUACCCUAUUGAGUACAUUUUCUCUAGUAGUGAGUGAUCUUCACACUGGGUUUCAAACCGAGAUGCAAUGAUACUAGCAUAUAUAACGAGCUUCAGUUGUGUAAACGCUUCCAGUUGCCUGCCACUCGCUGUGCAUUGAGUAAUGCAGGGUUACUCAGACCUUUUUUUUAAUAACUACUCAGAACAUUUGAAGUUGAACUUUGAUAGUGUAUUUGUUUAUAGUUAAAAUAUUAUCGCUGAUUCGCA